AAAACCAAAACAAAAAAAAAAAAAAUCGAAGCUGUUCGAAGCGCAUUUUCUAAAUAUCUUUUUUGAUUUUCUUUUAAUAACCGACGCAAAAAGAAACAAAAUGAAUAUUCCUUUUCCAGUACUAACUCCCAGGCUAGUUGAUUCCAAAUGGUUCAACGCCGACAGUCCGUGCGAUGAGGAAGCAGAGCUUACUGCUUUGGAGCAAGCCAACCAACAUUGGCUGAGUUCCAUUGGUCAACAAUAUAUGAAGCGUGCACCUCUGGGUAAAACCGAUCCUGAACCUAUGGAGGAAGAAGCUGACACGGAUGAAGAGGAAGGAAAUGAUGAGUCUGAUGAAUCGGAGGAGUCUCAUGAUGAAGAUGAGGAGGAAGAGCUCAGAACGUCAUACUCUCCAGCGAGGAAUAACAAUGAGUUGGAGCCCGACAGCCUAGAUGAUCUCAAUGACACACCAGAUCUCAACACGUCCGACCAAAGUGCACUCUGGCCUAUACAAUAACUACUGAUACCAAAUAAGAUAGCAUAGUAAUCAUGUGUAACAUUUAAGUAAAGUUUGAUUGAAAUAAAUAAGAAUGUUUCAAAAUGAAA